AUCUUCCAACAACCGCCAAUCGCCAACCAACAACCACCCUACCUUCAACCCUUCUCAUCCUCGAAAUGGCUCCCUCCCGUAAGGAUAAGAAGUCCGGCGACACCAUCAACUCGCGCCUCGCGCUUGUGAUGAAGUCCGGCAAGGUCGUCCUCGGCUACAAGUCCUCGCUCAAGCAGCUGCGCAUGGGCAAGGCCAAGCUGGUCCUCAUCUCUGGCAACACCCCUCCCCUCCGCAAGUCCGAGCUCGAGUACUACGCCAUGCUCUCCAAGAGCCCCGUCCACCACUUCAACGGCAACAACCUGGAGCUCGGCACCGCUUGCGGUAAGAUGUUCCGCGUUGGCACCAUGGUCGUCCUCGACGGCGGUGACUCCGAUAUCCUGAGCCAGGUGGCUUAAGGAGUGAGAGUCUCUUUUUGGUGGUUUGGGUGGUCACUAGGCGUCAUUUUGAUGUCAACCGGAGAAAUUAACUUGAGCGAGAAGUGUGGAGGGUACAUUUUCCCUUUAUAUAUACCCAUCAAUGCCAAAUUAGCGUCCCACCCAACUUAAAUGUCUACUCGUGAUUAUCAGAGAUGACUAUUACCCGGCGCGUCCUUGAUACCACGCGAGACGAGAUGGAUUUAAUACCACCACCCAAUCCGCUAUAUCAACUUGUCGGCUCACAGGAUCUAAGAGAGAAAAACUAUGGGCAGGAGUAGUCAUUGUACGAAAGAUUACUACUGCGAUUUUCAAAG